AUACUCACUAAACUUAAAUUCUCUUACGUGAUCUUCUAUAAACCCUAAAAUAUAAACAUACAAGAUCAUGAGUUUGAUUAGAUCAUUAUGCCUAUUCAGUACUUUCCUUAGCUGUAUUGUGAUCUCGGUCCAUGGCCAAGCUGCAGCGAGGCCUGGUCUUGGUGGUACGAGGAUUGGGUUUUACUCGACCACGUGUCCUAACGCUGAAACCAUUGUCCGAAACGCCGUGACAUCUGGUUUCAGCGCUAACCCAAGAAUCGCACCCGGAAUACUAAGAAUGCAUUUCCACGACUGCUUCGUCCAAGGUUGUGACGGUUCGGUCCUUAUCUCGGGAACUAACACUGAGAGAACUGCCGGUCCGAACCUCAAUCUCCGUGGAUUUGAAGUCAUAGACAACGCCAAAACGCAGCUCGAAGCUGCCUGCCCUGGAGUCGUCUCUUGUGCUGAUAUUUUAGCUUUAGCCGCCCGUGACUCCGUCGUCCUCACGAGAGGAAUAAAUUGGCAAGUACCAACCGGACGUAGAGAUGGUCGAGUUUCUCGGGCUUCGGACACUAACAAUCUCCCUGGUCCCGGUGACUCCGUCGCCGUUCAACAACAGAAAUUCUCGGCUUUGGGACUCAAUACCCGCGAACUCGUCGUCCUCGCCGGAGGACACACGAUCGGAACUGCAGGAUGCGGUGUAUUCAGGAACAGGCUAUUUAAUAGCACCGCAGGCCCAGCGGAUCCAACCAUCGACCCGACAUUUUUAGCACAGCUUCAGACACAAUGUCCCCAAAACGGUGAUGCCACAGUCCGCGUUGAUCUCGACACCGGAAGUGGAACCACUUUCGACACUUCCUACUUCAACAACCUAAGCCGUGGCCGUGGAGUCCUCCAAUCCGAUCAGGUCCUUUGGACCAACCCAGCCACUAGACCCAUUGUGCAACAGUUGAUGAGUCCUAGAAGCACUUUCAACGCUGAGUUUGCGAGGGCAAUGGUCAGAAUGAGUAAUAUCGGUGUGCUUACGGGGGCUAAUGGGGAAAUUCGUAGGGUUUGCUCCGCGGUUAAUUAAUUAACCGAUUAAAAUCAGUGGUUAGCAUGAUGUUAAACUUUCAUGGCUGGCUAAGUACUUGUUUCGAGUGAAAUUUUAGUUUCAAUAAUAAAUAAUCCAAUAGAAAACGACAUAAAGAAAAACCCAAAAGUGGGUUGAUGAAAUUGUAUCUAUAAGGUGUUUUGUAUUCGAUUUCUUUUGGCUUUACCUUGGUUGAUUCAUAAAAAUAAUAGAAUGAGUUAAUUUGGUCAUACUUUUGCUUCUUAUGUUGUAUAAUUUAUAUGCUAGAAAAACAUUUUAAUUUCGUCA